CUAGUAAUAAGACGAGUGAUGAACAUCCGUGGCGCACUGACGCACCAAGUUCAGCUACCAAAACAAGCCCUGAGCUGCGCGCACACACACACACAUCCACACACACCACACACACACACAAGCGGAGUGACCAUUUGUGGAGUACAGUACCAGUGCAAGGAGAGGACGCCUGCUGACAGACAGACAGAAGCGCGGCUGUGGAUAUUAGUCUUCCCCUCACCUUUGGAUAACUUGGAGAUUGGAAGCGCUUUCUCUGGACGCUUUUGACGCACGGCAACAAGGAGCUACGGGAGAACUCCCUGGGAGUGAAGAAGGAUUUAUAUUUGCUUUAGUGCUUCUUCUUCUGUUUUUUAUUUUUUAUUUUUUUACAUUUCUUUACCGCGGUGUAAAUACUUUGGAAUAGGGAGGUUUUGCUGCUUUAUUGGCUGGUGACGCGGCUGCCCUGGAGAAGCGAGAAGGAUGGCAGCCUGGUUCACCUUUACCAUCGCGUUCAGCACCACGUUGAUAUCACAGGUGUUCGGAUCCGGCGUUUUUGAGCUCGAUCUCCACGAAUUUAAAAACCACAAAGGAUUGCUGGCAAACGGGAACGCGUGCAAGCCCAGCUGCAGGACUUAUUUUAGAAUUUGCUUGAAGAACUAUCAGGCUGUGGUCUCGCCAGGUGACUGCAUCUUUGGAAGUACAAUGACACCAGUGCUGGGGACAAACUCUUUCAGCGCCAAGGACAGUGGCACUUUACCUAGACCGAUUCAGAUACCGUUCAACUUCGGAUGGCCGGGGUCAUUUUCAUUAAUAAUUGAAGCCUGGCAUUCACCUUAUGGAAAUCUACCUGUAGAUGCCAACAACCCAGACUUUUUGAUUAGCCUUUUUGCCAUCCAAAGACAGCUGGGUGUAGGGACUGACUGGUCUCAGGAUACGCAGGCUGGAAAGCAGACAGAGCUGAGGUAUUCGUACCGGUUCAUCUGCAACGAAAGUUACUACGGAGAAAGCUGUUCCAAAAAAUGCACGCCCAGGGACGACCGAUUUGGCCACUACACCUGUGCCCGAGAUGGGCAGUUAUCCUGUCUGCCUGGCUGGAAGGGGAAAUACUGCGAAGAACCUAUCUGUCUGGAGGGCUGCAGCGAGAGGAAUGGAAACUGCUCCAGGCCUGGCGAGUGUGUAUGCAGAGACGGCUGGCAGGGCACGUUCUGCGACGAGUGUAAGAAGUACCCGGCCUGUAAGCACGGUACCUGCCAGCUGCCAUGGCAGUGUAACUGUCAGGAGGGCUGGGGAGGCCUAUUAUGUGACCAAGACCUUAACUUCUGCACCCAUCACCAUCCUUGUGUGAAUGGCGCCACCUGUAUGAACACUGGCCAGGGAAGCUAUACAUGUACUUGCCUGCCAGGUUUCACAGGGGUCAACUGUGAGCUGGAGAUGCAGGAGUGUGACAGCAACCCCUGCAGGAACGGAGGGAUAUGCACAAAUCUGGAAAGCGGCUACAGGUGCACGUGCCCCCAGGGCUUCGAGGGCUCCCACUGUGAACACAGCCUGCUGACGUGCGCCGACUCCCCCUGCUUCCACGGUGGCAAAUGCCGGGAGAAGGACAAUGGUCGCAGCUACGAGUGCGAGUGUCCCCGUGGCUACACAGGACUCAACUGCGAGAAGAGAGUGGACAAGUGCACGUCGCUUCCCUGCGCUAAUGGUGGUCUGUGUCUGAUCCACGGUGGGAUGCGUGUGUGCAGCUGCCGUGCAGGAUUUACUGGCCAGCGUUGCGAAAUUAACAUCAACGAGUGUGCCGGUAACCCCUGCCUCAACGGAGGCAGCUGCCAAGACCGAAUCAACGACUACACCUGCAUCUGUCCGGCAGGUUACGGUGGACGAAACUGCGACAGAAUCCUGGACGAGUGCUCCCUUCGCCCUUGCCAAAAUGGGGGUAAUUGCACCGGGGGCGGCGGGCCUGGCAAGCCUCCUGCCACCUGCAUCUGCCCCUCCAGCUUCACCGGGCCUCGCUGCGAAUCCUUCUCCGCCGUCACCACUCCAGUGGCCACCCGAGAGAUUCAAGACGGCUUCCAAUGGGCGGCGGUCUCUCUAGCCGUGGGGAUGAUGGCGCUGCUCGUGCUCUUGUGCAUGGUGGGCCUGGCUCUGAGGCACAUCCACAGACAGGCCCAGAGGGAGAGGGGAGACACAGAGACUAUGAACAACCUGUCUAACUUUCAGAGGGAUAACCUGAUCCCAGCGUCCCAGCUGAAAAACACCAACCAGAAGAUCGGCCUGGAGGUGGACUGUGAUUCAGAGAAAUCGAACUUUAUCCAUAAAAACUAUUACUUGGACUCUUACAACUCUAAAUCGAAGGAGUUCAAGGAUGAAAAGUCACAAGAGGAUAAAAGUCUUAUUUAUGACAAGUGUUUAGAAGAUAAAAUGCCCUUGAGUAGAAUGUACAGUGAAAAGCCAGAGUGUAGGAUAUCAACAAUAUGUUCCUCCAGAGACUCCAUGUACCAGUCGGUAUUUGUUAUAGCGGAGGAAAGGAGGGAAUGCGUCAUAGCAACCGAGGUAUAAACUGUGAGGGGUCUGUAAGCGAUGGGGAACAAGGAAAAAGACACAAUCGAGGCAGAAUAUAAUAUUCUGGAUUGUUUACAAAUGCCGAGAAGAGACUGGAGAUUGUUUUAGAUGUCCACUGCUGCUCUGGAACACUUGAGAACUAGGAGAGGGGCAGAACCUCUGCUCUGCAAAAAAGAAAAAAAAAUGGGGGGAAAAAAGAAAAAUAGAACAGAACUGAGAAACUUUAUGUUGACCGAGUGUUUGUAUGCAAAACAUGUACAGUGAAGGACCUCUCUUAGUUGUGACAAUGGUUGAAACGGACUGGCGGAAAGUCUGACAACACAAGGUGUGAAGACUGACAGAGCAUCGGUAAAAUAUUAAUUUAUAAUCUCAGCCAUCCUGGACAGUGGAAGGAGGCGCAGGUGGAUCAUUUGCCCCUCGUACCUGACCCGGCCUUUGUGUGAUAAUCAUGAUGACUUUGACAGCCAACCAAUCAGUUUAAAAAAGGUGCUUAAGAUGUGACCCCCCCCCCCCACACACACACACACACACACCCACCCCACCCCACCUAACUCUUAACCCCCAACACACACACACACACACACACACACACACACACUCACACUCACUCCUGCCACCUUUGCCUGCUAUGCAAGACUCAGGGUUGAGACGAGUGAACUCCCCCACCGUCUUUCGAAAUCCCAACCUCACAAACACUGAGAGGUUAUGAAUGUCUGAAACUAAUCUUCAACUGUCAAUCAAUGGUGAAAAUGACUGGUUGGACUUUUCCAUGCAAUGGUGAAGAUUGUUUGCAGCCCAAAUUCACUAGAAGCCUUAAAAAAAAAGAGGGGGUUUGAAUGCUAAAUUUGUGCCCUUGUCUGUUCUUGGAUCAUUUGCACUACAGGAAACAAAAAAAGAGGACAAAAAAAAAAACAGCGGGGGAAAACUACUUUUUAAUCAACAGCGAUUUGAAGAGAAAGCCACAGGAGCGCAAUAGUCAGUGCUGUGCCAGCGAGAUCCAAGAGAAGGGAAAAGUCUGCAUAGAAAAGUGUUUUUUUUUAUGCAACCCAACUGAGGACAACAAAGAGAAAAGACUGUCACGCCACUGCCUGCCUAUAAUAAAUUUCAAAAAUACAGAACCAAUAAUGUAAUUUUUUAAAAUGAUUAUUUCCAGAGUUUAAUUUAAAUAGAACACACUGCUCUUUAUAUGUUUUAUAAUAUUAUUUUGUAUAUAAUGCAUAUUUAUAAGGACCAAACUUCUGAAAAAUAAAACUUCCUUGGAACCUGUUUUUAAUUUGA